AAAAUAACUAAGAAAUUUAUUCUUAGUUUAGAAGACCAUUUGUUAUUUUGAUUAUUAUAUGUUAAGUACCUCUGUUACCAUAACAUUUGCUUUGAUUAAAAAGUAACACUUUUAGGUUCAUUUGUUUGAAUGAAGCAAUGAGAAAAACAAAAACAACUUUAAUCCCUGACAUAUAGAGUUCCAACUAGGACUCUAUGGGUCAGUAAUUCUAGAAGCUAAUGUUUUCUGGACUUAGGGUAAGGUAUGUGAUAGGGAUGUAAAUGAGCCAAUUUUCUAUUUUUUUCCCCCAGAUGUCCCACAAGGUUAUAGAAUGAACAUUGGUAAAUUGUCAUUUCUUGAUCUCCAAGUUUUAUAUUAGCUUUGAAUCCCUUUUCCUACUCUAAAUUGUACUGAGUAGGAUUGGCAGACUCCAUUCUAGAGGGCAUAAGCUGUGCUUUUGUAUAUACUAUAAAUUUCAUUUUGAGUCUGAGGAACUCUGGCUUGUUUGAAGAGAAUGGUGCAAGAAAAAAAAUGAAUUAAUGGCUGUAGAAUUACUUUAGUAUGCUCAUCUUGACCUUAUAGCCUUAAUUUUAAUUUAACUCUUCUGGGACAGCUUUUUCCAGCCCCCUUACAGGUAAGAGUGCCUUAAUAAUGGUGAGAAUGAUCUUAGAAAAGCAGCAUCUUAACUCCAGAAGGGUUGUAGUUGAUCACCCUUGGCUGAACCCCAGUGAGCUUACUCUGGGUUGUGGAAUUUUGUUGUUUUUAGAACCAGCAUCAGGCUGCAGAGGUUUUGGUCCAUUUGAGGAAAAGCAAAGGAUUGAAACCUUGGCUAAAUUUAGGGUAGGAUCCUGGGACACCAGAACAGAUGCAUCCUUUAGCAGUUGACUGUGCCCUGCGCUAGAGAAGUCCAGGAAUGAUAUAUUCUUGGGCUAUAUUUCUCUACCUUGGAAUUCAUCCAGUUCGUUACAAAAACAUCAACUCUCUACUUACUGUGACACACGCUAAGUGAAGGUCUGAUGGAUAGACCCUCUCCAGUGACUUUGUGGCUUUUUUCUUCAUGUGGAAGUUGGAAGACAAAGUGAAAGGAGCCAGAAGUUAUUUGCUUUUGUGAAUAACUUGGUUCUCAGAACAUGGGCCCUCGUUUAAAGCUGCAGCUGUGAUCCUUGGCUGUCUGUUGGCACUGAAGGGACCUGAUGUUUUACGUUAUUGGUGGAAUCACAGUGUCUGUGGUUGCAUUCUUCUUCACAAUUAAGUUCCUCUUUGAGCUUGCCGCACGAGUAGUCAGCUUUCUUCAAAAUGAAGACCGUGAGCGCCGAGGGGACCGGACUAUUUAUGACUACGUGCGGGGAAAUUAUCUGGAUCCCCGGUCCUGCAAAGUCUCCUGGGAUUGGAAGGACCCCUAUGAGGUGGGCCACAGCAUGGCCUUCCGAGUGCAUUUAUUUUAUAAGAACGGGCAGCCUUUCCCUGCACAUCGGCCUGUGGGACUGAGAGUUCACAUCUCUCAUGUUGAGCUAGCAGUGGAAAUUCCAGUGACCCAGGAAGUCCUUCAGGAGCCCAAUUCAAAUGUGGUAAAGGUGGCCUUCACUGUACGCAGGGCUGGGCGUUAUGAAAUUACAGUGAAGCUUGGUGGAUUAAAUGUGGCCUAUAGUCCCUACUACAAAAUUUUUCAGCCUGGAAUGGUGGUUCCUUCCAAGACCAAAAUUGUGUGCCAUUUUUCUACACUUGUGUUGACCUGUGGGCAGCCACACACCCUUCAAAUAGUGCCCCGAGAUGAGUAUGACAACCCUACCAACAAUUCUACAUCCCUGAGAGAUGAGCACAAUUAUAGUUUGUCCAUUCAUGAGCUUGGCCCUGAAGAAGAGGAGACUACUGGAGUCUCAUUUGAGAAGUCAGUGACAUCGAACAGGCAGACUUGCCAGGUUUUCUUGCGACUCACCCUGCAUUCUCGUGGUUGCUUCCAUGCCUGCAUUUCUUACCAAAAUCAGCCGAUCAAUAAUGGCGAAUUUGAUAUUAUUGUCUUAAGUGAGAAUGAGAAGAAUAUUGUUGAACGCAAUGUGUCCACGUCAGGAGUGAGCAUUUACUUUGAGGCUUAUCUUUAUAAUGCUACCAACUGUACCAGCACACCAUGGCACCUCCCCCCCAUGCACAUGAGCUCUUCCCAGCGCCGGCCCUCCACUGCUGUUGAAGAAGAAGAUGAAGACUCACCCUCAGAGUGCCACACUCCUGAGAAGGUGAAGAAACCGAAGAAGGUGUACUGCUAUGUGUCACCAAAGCAAUUCUCAGUGAAGGAGUUCUAUCUGAAAAUUAUUCCCUGGCGCCUGUACACCUUUCGAGUAUGUCCAGGAACAAAAUUUUCCUACCUUGGCCCUGACCCUGUUCAUAAGCUUCUCACACUGGUCGUGGAUGAUGGUAUUCAGCCUCCUGUGGAGCUCAGCUGUAAGGAAAGGAACAUUCUAGCAGCCACUUUCAUUCGCUCCCUGCAUAAGAACAUUGGAGGCUCUGAAACCUUUCAGGACAAGGUAAACUUUUUCCAGCGAGAGCUUCGGCAGGUACACAUGAAAAGACCCCAUUCCAAAGUCACUCUGAAGGUCAGCAGACAUACCUUGUUGGAAUCGUCUUUGAAGGCCACUCGAAAUUUCUCCAUCUCAGAUUGGAGCAAGAACUUCGAAGUGGUUUUCCAGGAUGAAGAAGCUCUGGACUGGGGAGGUCCUCGGCGGGAAUGGUUUGAACUGAUCUGCAAAGCAUUGUUUGAUACUACCAAUCAGCUCUUCACCCGUUUCAGUGACAACAACCAAGCAUUAGUUCAUCCUAAUCCUAAUCGCCCACCUCACCUGCGCCUAAAGAUGUAUGAGUUUGCAGGGCGGCUGGUGGGCAAGUGUCUGUAUGAAUCCUCUCUAGGAGGUGCCUACAAGCAGUUGGUUCGAGCCCGUUUUACCCGUUCUUUCCUGGCCCAAAUCAUAGGACUACGCAUGCAUUACAAGUACUUUGAAACAGAUGACCCAGAAUUCUACAAAUCAAAAGUUUGUUUCAUCCUCAACAAUGACAUGAGUGAAAUGGAGCUGGUUUUUGCAGAAGAAAAAUAUAACAAGUCAGGUCAAUUGGACAAGGUUGUAGAACUCAUGACAGGUGGAGCUCAAACCCCAGUCACCAAUGCAAAUAAAAUCUUCUAUUUAAACUUGCUGGCCCAAUAUCGACUGGCCAGUCAAGUGAAAGAGGAGGUGGAACAUUUCCUAAAAGGCUUGAAUGAGUUAGUACCUGAGAACCUGUUGGCCAUUUUUGAUGAGAAUGAGCUCGAGCUGCUGAUGUGUGGGACCGGAGACAUCAGUGUUUCUGACUUCAAAGCCCAUGCAGUAGUUGUUGGUGGUUCAUGGCAUUUCAGAGAAAAGGUCAUGAAGUGGUUUUGGACUGUGGUUUCCAGUCUGACCCAGGAGGAGUUGGCUCGACUACUUCAGUUCACCACAGGCUCUUCUCAGCUACCACCUGGAGGCUUUGCUGCCCUCUGUCCCUCAUUUCAGAUUAUUGCUGCUCCAACCCACAGCACGCUACCUACUGCACACACAUGUUUUAACCAGCUGUGCCUCCCUACAUAUGACUCGUAUGAAGAGGUGCACAAGAUGCUGCAACUGGCCAUCAGCGAGGGUUGUGAAGGCUUUGGCAUGCUCUGACCACUCUCCUGCAAUCUACUUGGCUCCCAUGCUCUAUGGAGCAUUUGAGCACAUGUUACAGACAUAACUGCUGAUCCUAACACACAUAACCAUCAACCAGAAGAUGCCGCAUGCUUCCCUGUGUCUGGAGUAUUUUGUUACCACAAGCCUUGUUCUCCCCCUUCCCUGCCUAUAUCUACCAUAGGCCACUUUGACACGGUACCUUAUCUGAGCUCUCUGGUAAGUCACGAGAAGAGGACCAUGCUGCUUCUUCUUGUUUGGUCCUUUGAAGACCUCAGUAGCUGUAUUUGCCUCAGUGGCUGAGGGAGAUAACACACAGGCUCAGCUUUGUUGGGAAACUGGUGUGUGGAGAGCCUUAAGUCUUGUCUCGCUCCAGCUUCUUGGCUGAUGCUCCUGUGAGGUGCCCUCUUUGACCCUCACUACUGGACCAGACUGAUACAGGAGUCCUUCUCCUGGGUGGGAUGAUCCUCUGCUUGCCAACAGCCAGGACAAGCACAGAUAGAAUGUGGCCCACAAUCCUUAGGUUCCUUAAUUUUGUCCUCCUGCACAUUGGCAGGCAUAGGCCAAGGCACCAGAUUACCUCUGCUGAGGACUGAUAGCGGAAAAAGAAUGAUUUUUUUUUUUUUUUUUUGUGAUGUCAGAACUGAAAAAGGCACUUUCCCUGCAGGCAAUUUUAGAAGUGAUCAGUAAUCUACAAAGAAUUCUGUAAGCUUUUUCCUGAAUUUGAGCCAGUGAAACAAGCAGUCAGACCGAAGAAUGUGAAGGAUAGCUGGGCUUAGCCUCCAGUGCUUGGUGUGAUUCUCCCUUAUGGUGAGGGACAUAUCUAGGUGCAUGUUGGCUUAAAGACUACUGAUGCCUUUCCCUUAGUUUGUUCUUUGCACUGAGAUAUGACUAGGCCUACCUCCUGACUUCUAAGUUACAUGCUAUGUUAAAGAGGUGGGGAGUCUUUAAUGUUCUGCUGAAGAAGAUUUGGUAGCAAACAACAAGGAUAGUAAGAAUAUAUGCCAGCAAUCUCUCAUUCUCUCUGCUUGAUGUUCUCUGACAGCACUGAGACAAGGGAACAAUGAUCACAGAUUGCUGGGGUCAGGCUACUGGGGACAGAUCUGGAGGACAUGAGACAGUAAACACCUAGUAUACACCAUCCCAGGUCCUACCCUUCACUCCAUCAGUUACCAGGAAGGCGAACCAAGGAGGGAGGAAGUUCUAUACUACUGUUGAGUGAUGAUUGAAGAGAACCUGCCACUGUCUCUUGGAAGAUGACAACAUCCAUUUUCAUUACUGUUUGAAUGCAAACAAUUUUAAGGCUCAAAGUCACAUCAACUUCCCAAAUUUCAGUUUUUAAGAAGGCUUUGCUUCAAGCUACCAUUCCUGAUGGGGGCACUCACCUCAGAAUAUUACAAGCCAUCUUUAUUGCCAAAACCAGCAAGUACACAGACUCCUGAGACAAGGCAGGACUUGUGGCAAUGCCUUGGCCUCCUAGAAACCGUCUGAGCCCUCCUGUUCCCAGGGAUGAGGAACAAGCCCUCCUGAGCUGCUGCAGUUCCCGCCUGACCUCACUCCUCUGCAGGCAUCAUUUGUCCUUUCUUGGCAUGGGUGCUGACCUCACUCAUCCUUGGGGUCCAGGAUAUGGCAUCAGGACCUCGUCACCCCAAGAUUCUCCAUGCCACAUGGUCACUGCUCUCCUCAGGGACCAGGACAAGGUGCUGCUGCUCAUCCAUACUUUUCCCAUGGGAUAUGUUCAGGAAAGUUUAGUCAUCACCCUGUCACCCUUGGGCCCAAAUGGGGGUUUCCAGCUGAGGCACGUGGACUUUUGCUGCUUUGGGCAGUUUUCCUCUUCUGGAUUCUUCAUUCUCCCCUCCAGCAGCCCUCCAGAAACUGAUUCUGGGGAUUGAGUUAAUUUUCUUGGCUAGAUCUGUUGUUUUAAGCUCUAGUCAUAGCACUUUUUCAGAAUAUCCCAAGCACCAUUGCAGUCCAACUUGGGCUGCUACAUCCCCUGUGGUGGUUCAUAGGUACCAGAGUCUUUGUUUCAUAAAAUCCUUUGGUACUGUUGUGGUUUUCUAUUCCUCCAAUUUUAUCCUCCCCUACUUCCCCUUCUAAUUAUGUUUAAAAGCACUUUUGCUUUUUUUUUUUUUUUUCCUAAUCCUGCUUUGAUACUAGCCAAUAUCGGGGGAAAGGUACAAUAAGCUGGAGAGAAGUAAUAGUGUGUUAUUUGGGGGGCAAUUUUCUAUUCAUGUUUCUUAUUUUGAUCAUUUCUUUUGUUUAUGCCCUGGUAGCCUAGCUGCUUGAGGCCAGCUACCCCCCUGGCCUUUUAGUGUCCUUGAAGGAGACCAGGCCUCAAGUGAGCACAGGGAGUGUCCACAUGGUUUCAGAAAUUUAACAGAGACCAAUCCUUGCUGCCCAUUUGUCAGGCCAGGUGAAAGGGCCAGACAUUUGCUGGUAGUGAUGUAAAUAUUUUGUACAUUAAAUAAAUGUCUAAAAGAAGAA